AGAAUGUUUCAUGUCCUUGAGCUCACCAGUGCAUUCUCUCUUUUUCUUCUGAUGAUUGUGUUAGAAAAGGAACUGAAACAAGACAUCAUGAAGAUCUGCUAUAGAUUUUGUUUGAGGAUCUAACGUAGGUUAUUAAAAGCAACAUUUAGCUGAAUAUUACAGAUAAAAAUUAUUCUUGAAAAACAUCAACUAAAUCACCCCUUUUUUACUUCAAACUGAGCCAUAUAGAGAGCGUCGCAGACGCUCCCGGUUUGGCCGGUAAUCGCCAUGUUAACGCAGACUCGAGGAGCAAUGGCGCAUCGGCACCGUGGCGAGGCACAGACUCGGAAGGAUAGAGACACAAGCAUGAAUUAAAGACGCGCAGCUUUGAGGAUCAGAAUGGGUCGGAAUGGCACUCGUCUCCCAUCGGAACGAUGGCUGUGGCAGAACGUGUAAAGAGCAGCAUCCUUUACCAGACGUCCUGAUUGCAAGGAGGCUCGUAAGCCACUGUUGCCACGGCAGCGGUCGUGGAGGAAGAGAAGGAGCGGCUGUUGCGGUGGCGCCACGCUCUGCUGGAGGGGAUGGAGUACCACAGCACGGGAACCCUGCCGCUCCUGGGCAGCCCGCGUUACUGUCCCGGUGCCAACAGUGCCAGCGGGUACCUCUGCCAGACGGGCCACUGCUGUGGGGAGACCGGCUGCUGCACCUAUUACUACGAGCUGUGGUGGUUUUGGCUCUUAUGGAGUGUAUUGAUCCUGUUCAGCUGCUGCUGUGCGUAUCGACAUCGCCAGGCUAAACAGCGAGUGCAGCAGCAGCAGAGACAGCGAGAGAUCAACCUGAUGGCCUACCACGGCGCCUGCAGCUACCCGUCCUCCAUGCUGGACCUCAGUUUCCUCGCAUCACUCAAACUGCCAUCGUAUGAGGAAGUGGCAGCACAGCCCAGCACCCCACCCCCUCCCUAUAGCUCGGUGGCUUACCCGCAAGGCUCCGCCCAUCCCGGUCCAAGUCACAUGCUGUCCUCGCAGAGCUCUGACAACUACACCAGCUGCUCGUGUGACUCCUGCUGCCCGUCUUCACCCUGUAGCUCCUCCCCUUCCUCCGCCCAGCUCACAGACGAGACUGACACUAGCCACACCUCCACGCCUUCUCACAGUGAACCAGUGCCCAUUAACUCGAUUUCUGGACAUGCCACAGGCAUGACUCUUUCCACUCCGCCUUUUUACAGCCCCGCUUCCUCGGCUGAAGCGAUGGAGGUAGACUUGCCAGACUCCGCCUCCCUCGACUGUAACGGCAACAGGACUGUUAAAACAGUCACUAAUCCGACAGUUAACAACAACGUGAUCAGUGACGCUGAAGAAAGUGCUAAAUCGAACGAAAGCAGUGACGGGACACAGAUUAGUAACUCAAAUGAUGACCGCAGCUUCACCACAAGCUCUAAUGUGCCUCAGUGCAACAACACUAACGAUAUUAGCAGCAAGGUUCAAAUGUCUGACUUCAGUCCUUCCAGAAACGAUAAAGCCACUGACUUCGAUCUCUUUCAUCCACCCAGCAAUAUGACUCAAAACAUAUUUAAUCCUCCCAUCUCCAUCCCUCCGUCCUCCCCUCUGUCCUGUUCUCCAUUGUCUCCGUCCUCUCCUCCCCUCCCUCCUCCUUUAUCCCCCAUCUCUGACCCUCUAGGCGCCUUCUUGGAGCAGCAGAGCUCUCCUGUGCAGUGGGCGGAGCCAGCACAGACACACCCUUCAGCCCCUCGCCCACUGUCUCCGCCCAAACCUGCAGUCUUUUCCCCCGACUUCCUGGAGCCAGAGCGGCGCGAUUCGGCGGUUUGCGAUCUCGACGUGGAUCAGACGCACUUUCAGCAGCGACGCCUCACUGGAGACUCUGGGAUCGAGGUCUGCCGCUGCCGGAUCAGCCACGAGGGUGAGGAGGAUGAUGAGGAAGAAGAUGAGGAAGAGGACGAAGAUAGGGAUCGUUCAGAGGACAAGCCAAGUGCCGUGACGAGCGAUGACCUCCACGACAGCGCAGACUGCUCUGUCCAUGCCCAGCUGUCCCCUUCCGAGCUCGGAGACACAUGUGGGUCUGGUGCCACCACGCCGGCACACGCCGAUGCGGUCGUUAUAGCCAUGGAAACCGUUUGAUGGACAGGUCGCUAUUUUGAAAUCUGGCAUACAAGGGCUGUGCGUCAGCGAUGCUGAGAGAUCCUUCGGCCAUGCAAAGUGGACUGCCAUUUAGUCCGAGUCUAAACUAGCUGUGCUGUUGUAUUAGGACCGACAUCGUAGGGUGGUGAAACGUGAGACUCUAGCAUAGCAUAGAAAGGUCUCUCUCUCUCUCUCUCUCUCUCUCUCUCUCUCUCUCUCUCUCGCUCUCUCUCUCUCUUUCGCUCUCUCUGUCUGUCUCUCUCUGACUCUGUUGUAGGAUAAAUGUCCUCGGGUUCUCCAGUGCUUAAGAAAAUGCCUGUUAUUGUGCUGACAGAGAGACUGAUAUUAGAGCCACAGAUUCAGCUCUUACACCCACACCCACACACACACACACACACACACACACACACACACACACACACACACACACACACACACACACACACACACACACACA